AUGGUUACGGAAGUCGUGAACAGGAAGAAGCAGGAGGAGGAGGAAUACACCAUCAAGCCUCAAGCGGUGACUCCCGCCGUCGACACCAGCCAGUGGCCGCUGCUUCUCAAGAACUAUGACAAGCUCCUUGUGCGAACUGGCCACUUCACCCCGAUCCCCAAUGGAUCUGCGCCCCUGAAGCGCGAUCUCAAAUCCUACAUCAGCUCUGGUGUCAUCAACCUGGACAAGCCUUCGAACCCUUCCAGUCACGAGGUUGUGUCCUGGGUUAAGCGGAUUCUUCGAGUUGAGAAGACUGGUCACAGUGGUACCCUGGAUCCCAAGGUCACGGGCUGCCUGAUCGUCUGUAUCGACCGAGCGACUCGACUGGUCAAGUCCCAACAGGGGGCCGGAAAGGAGUAUGUUGCCAUCAUCCGCCUUCACGAUAAGCUGCCUGGUGGCGAGGCUCAAUUCGCUCGUGCCCUCGAGACCCUUACCGGCGCCCUGUUCCAGCGCCCUCCUCUGAUUUCUGCCGUCAAGCGUCAGCUCCGUAUCCGAACCAUCCACGAGAGCAAGCUGAUUGAGUUUGACAAUGACCGCCACUUGGGUGUCUUCUGGGUGAGCUGCGAGGCUGGUACCUACAUCCGAACUCUGUGUGUGCACUUGGGUCUUUUGCUGGGUGUUGGCGCCCACAUGCAGGAGCUUCGUCGUGUGCGAUCCGGUGCCAUGGACGAGACCAAGCACCUCGUCACCCUACACGAUGUGCUCGAUGCUCAGUGGACCAUGGACAACACCCGGGAUGAGACCUACCUGCGCAGAGUGAUUGCGCCCCUCGAGACCCUCCUCACAGGCUACAAGCGUCUUGUUGUCAAGGAUAGCGCCGUCAACGCCGUGUGCUACGGUGCCAAGCUUAUGCUUCCUGGUCUCCUGCGUUAUGAGUCUGGCAUUGAGCACCACGAAGAGGUUGUCCUGAUGACCACCAAGGGUGAGGCUAUCGCCAUUGGCAUCGCUCAGAUGUCUACGGUUGAAAUGUCUACAUGCGACCACGGAGUCGUGGCCAAGGUCAAGCGCUGCAUCAUGGAGCGUGACCUUUACCCCCGAAGAUGGGGUCUCGGACCUGUCGCUCAGGAGAAGAAGAAACUCAAGGCGGACGGCAAGCUCGACAAGUUUGGCCGACCCAACGAUGCCACCCCUUCCAAGUGGACUUCCGAGUACAAGGACUUUAGCGCGUCGGACACCUCUGCGGCUGCUGCUGCGGCUGCUCCCGCCACCACCUCGAUUCCUGUCCUGCCUUCCAAGAGCGAGCAGGCUGAUAGCAAGAUGGACGAUGCAGAGGCUCCCGCUGAGGAGGACAAGAAGAAGCGAAAGAAGCACGAGGGCGAGUCUGCCGAGGAGAAGGCAGAGCGGAAACGACGGAAGGCGGAGAAGAAGGCCGCCAAGGCAGCAAAGAAGGGGGGCAAGGGAGACGACGAGGACAGCGAUUAA